CUAUAAAUACAUAUUUAAAUUUUAAACCUUCUCAUCACAAGUCUCUCACUCUCGUCCAACUGAGCCCACACCUUCUCAGCCAUUUGCCAUUUGCCACCACCUUCACUCUUCACUUCACCACCCUCCUCUUUUGGCUCUUUUAACUCUUCACAGGGCAGCUUCUCUCCCUUUUCCAUCGCUUUCUGUCUCUACAUGCUUUACCAAACCAAAUGGGCAACCUCUGCGCCUGCCUCGCAACCCAACCCGUGAAGAAAAAACCCAUAAAGCGCCUCCCCAACCCGCCACCGCAAUCCAAUACCAGCAACCGGUGGACCCGGAUCCGAUCCUCCAGAAAAGAGAAGCUCGACGACGCUUUGCUCCAAGAACAAGCUCUCGCCGCCGCGAUUCUGUUCCAGCAGCACCAGCAGAACGGUUCUUUGCCCUUUGAUCGCUCUGCUUCGCUGCGGUACCCGAAUUCGAGCUCCAAGAAGAGCAGCAACGCCUUGCCCCGUAGCUCCAGCUCUCGGGCUCGCUCCCUCACCGACCCUCUUCUCCAGCCUCACCAGCUUGUUAACCAGGAUGUAAAGCUUGAUGAUCUGGAAACCAACCAUUUUGUCCUUGUACAUGGAGGUGGCUUUGGUGCUUGGUGUUGGUAUAAAACCAUAGCACUUCUGGAGGAGGUUGGUUUUAAAGUUACUGCCAUAGACUUGACUGGCUCUGGAAUUCAUUCAUCUGAUGCAAACAGUGUCACAAGUCUUUCUCAAUAUGUGAAGCCUCUUACUGAUUUUCUUGAAAACCUUCCCGAGGGAAAUAAGGUAAUCUUGGUGGGUCAUGAUUUUGGUGGUGCAUGUAUAUCAUACGCAAUGGAGUUGUUUCCACAUAAAGUUUCAAAGGCCAUUUUUAUUGCUGCAGCAAUGUUGAAAAAUGGACAAAGUACUCUUGAAAUGUUCUCCCAACAGGCCACUUCAGAUGAUCUUAUGCGACAGGCUCAGAUAUUUUUGUAUGCAAAUGGGAAUAAUCAGCCUCCAACUGCUAUUGAUUUAGAUAAAUCAAUGUUAAAGGAUUUGUUAUUCAACCAAAGUCCUGCCAAGGAUGUCGCAUUGGCAUCUGUUUCGAUGAGGCCAAUUCCCUUUGCCCCAGUUCUGGAGAAGCUUUCACUUUCGGAUUUGAAAUAUGGAUCGGUGAGGCGGUUUUAUAUAGAAACAUCAGAAGACAAUGCCAUACCCAUCACAGUCCAGGAGAGCAUGACAAAAGAAAGCCCUCCUGAACAAGUCCUACGCUUGAAGGGUGCCGAUCAUUCACCUUUUUUCUCAAAGCCCCAAGCCCUGCACAAGUUAUUGGUGGAGAUCUCAAAGAUUUCUUCUACUUAGAAACACCUUUUCUUUUCUGGCUAGAUGGCUUCUAGAGAUCCAGCGACACGAUAGAAAUGCCACCGGAAUCAUCAGUAAUUCAUGCAGUUGCAUUAGAUAGGAUGGCAAGUAAGCAUGUAAAUGCAGAUAGGAUUAAAGUUAUGUGUUAUCGGUGCUCGUUUUAUUGCACAUGAGAGUUAUGUUCA